AUGGCUUCUUCAUAUUCAUCUUCCAUCAGAACAUGGGCAUUUGUCCUCUUACUACUACACCUCUCCUCCUCAUUCAACAACUUGGCUGCCAAACACGGUUCCUCCAUCAAACAUGGUUCCUCCGCCAAACAUGGUUCCUCCAUCACCCGUCACCACCACCACAACCACCUCCCCAUAAAGGCCAUAACCAACCCCAGACUCCACAAUGCUUACAUUGCCCUGCAAGCUUGGAAAAAUGCAAUCUACUCUGAUCCAAAGAAUUUUACUACCAAUUGGGUUGGCCCCUCUGUGUGCAAUUACACAGGCGUGUACUGUGCACCAUUUCCUCAUGACACAAAAAUCCAAGUUGUCGCGGGCAUUGACCUCAACCAUGCUGACAUAGCUGGUUUCUUGCCAGAUGAACUAGGCCUCCUCUCUGAACUUGCACUGAUUCAUCUAAAUAGUAACCGAUUCUGUGGCAUCAUCCCGCAAACUUUAGCCAAUCUUACUCUACUCUUCGAGCUUGAUCUCAGUAACAACCGAUUUGUAGGCCCUUUCCCUUCUGUUAUCCUCUCUCUUCCUACUCUACGAUACCUUGAUCUUCGUUUCAACGAGUUUGAAGGACCAUUGCCCCCACAACUCUUCACAAAAAAGUUUGACGCUAUAUUUCUUAAUGACAACCUUUUUACCUCUAUGAUCCCAUCGAAUUUAGGGUCAAGCUCGGCUACUGUGGUGGUAUUUGCUAACAACAAAUUCGGAGGAUGUCUCCCACCAAGUAUAGCUGACUUUGCCAAUAGUUUAGAAGAGUUUAUCAUGACCAAUACCAGUUUGUUAGGGUGUUUACCACAUGAGGUUGGAUUUCUAUACAAACUGAGAGUACUUGAUGUGAGUUAUAACAAAAUAGUUGGUCCAAUACCUUAUAGCAUUGCAGGGUUAGCUCACUUGGAGCAGCUAAAUUUAGCCCAUAACAUGAUGAGUGGGAUUGUACCAGAGGGAAUAUGUGUUUUGCCUAAUUUGGAAAAUUUCACGAUAUCGUAUAAUUUUUUCUGUGAGGAGGAGGGGAUUUGCUGUAAUUUGACAUCAAAAGGCAUUGCAUUUGAUGAUCGACGAAACUGCUUGCCAGAAAAACCUCUUCAGAGGACCAAAAAGGUAUGUGAAGCAGCCCUUGAGCAUCCUGUUGACUGCUUUGAGUAUCAUUGUGCUGCUACUGCUACUGCUGGUGCUACAACGCCUUCGCCUCUGCCUCCUAGCCACUCCUAG